UGUCUCUCUCUCUCUCGUGGCAAUUGCAUCUCAGCGCCGAGUCAAUGAGCAACAUUGCACGGAUUGCAAUGGCGGAGGAGAGCAUACUUACGGUGUGAGUGAGAGAGAGAGAGAGGGUGCGCAAAUAUUGUAUCGUUGCAAGCAAGCAAGCAAGCAAGCAAGCAUUCAAGAAAGACUUCGCUUGAGCAAUGUGGCCACAGAGCUUUUAGGCACAAGCCAUGGCCUCGUUCAAAGGCGUUCCAAUGAGUUGACCCGUUUGAAUAUGAUCAGUGGACUGGUUCUAGAUUUCGAAAUACUAUCAUGGCGCUGGGCACAAACGGAGUGGAGAAGGAGGCGGAAACUGACGGAGUGCAUCGUCAUCUUGGUCAUGGCUCAAGUCGUUGUGCUUUUAUGCGUCAUCAUGCCCCAACAUCUCGAGAAGAAAAGGCAGGAGCUGAUCAUCGAAGAGCAGAGGAGAGUGGGGAAAUAUAUUGUCCUCUUCACGACAACGGAAGGCGGCAUCUUGGGCCAAGAAAGUCACGGCGAGCGCACGAGGCCAAAUGGCCAAACCAGUUUACAAACAACACAGUCUGGCAACGCGUCUCACAGUCACUGGGUAAACACUGAGAAAAAAACAGUCAGGCAAGACGUGACAGCCGACGGAGAGGAACGAAGAGAUGAUCUUGCUUACUCUAACGACCCAGUGGACAUUUCAGCCAUUUCCGAACCGUUCCCGACGGUGGAUUUGAAUCGCUCGCAUGGAGGAACAGGAGUGGACGAGGGUGAAUUUUACGAAGACCCUGUUCUUGGUAGGGGUUUCCAGGACGAAUUCGUCACGCACAAGAGUGACGGGAAUGGGUUUUUGUUCUAUGGGCAGAGCGAUUUUAACAGCAGCCCUGAAACAUUUAACAGGGUCUUGGAAAGUGUGAGCGUAGGCCUAACAAGUGACAAGACGGACAGUUUGGUAAAACUUGAUGACUCCGCCGAUAAAAAAGUAAACAAAAGACAUGCUUUGGGUAAUGUCAGUUCCAAUGUUUUAAAUAUAACAGACGAAACUCAAUUUUACAAAUACAAAGACUACGAUAUAAACCACAUAAACGAAUUUGUUUUGAAGAAUGACGAAAAGACAUAUUUCACAAAAAUAGACGGGAAAGAAUGUUUCAUCAGAGGCACAGACAUAGAAGAAACCAUAGUCUCUAAAGGGAAGGCGUGUUCCUGUCUGCAAUAUUACUUUGGAGACGACUGUGGCAUUCCAGAAGCAGUCUGGUUUGGCCAGUCAUCCAGACUCACAGGGGAGGUCAAAUUGACUAGACGAAAAAUACCGCGAAGGGUCAUCAACGGCCUACCUGUCAAUCACGAGUUCGCCAUGUUUGAGGCGAGAAUGCACGAAUUAUCCGAUGUGGUUGAUGCCUUCCUCAUCGUUGAGUCUAAUUACACCUCCCACGGAGACCCCAAAGAGCUGUCUUUUCUCAAGAAGUUCCAGAGUGGGUAUCUAGCCCAAUUCCAGGAAAAAAUACACUACGUCAAGCUCCUGUUUUUCUCGAACGAAUCCAGGAGCAAUGGCUGGAGGGCAGACUCUUACCUGAGGUUUUACAUGGGUUCCAAAGGCCUCAAGCAAAUGAAAGGCCUAAGAGAAGACGACCUCUUCAUUCUGUCAGACGCUGAUGAGCUCCCGACGCGGGAGGUCGUCACGUUUCUGAAACUGUACGACGGCUUUCCAGAACCAGUGGGUUUCGGCCUUCGAUGGAAUGUCUUCGGGUUCUUCUGGCAGGUUCCAGCCGAUAUGACCUUCAUUAACUGGCUGUCUGGAACGAAGAUGAAACUGUUAGUUGUCUACUCCGCAGCAACUAUUGGAAUGGUGCAGAGAGUUCUGCUGAACAACGUCUUCUACAUACGCAAGGAGCGGGCUUGGGAGCAUCCCCAGCUGGCAGACAGUCUGGGAUAUUACCGAAAAGCUGGGCACCUGGUGAAGGACUGGGUGGUUGGCAGCGUCGACCAUUAUGCUGGCUGGCACUGCUCUUGGUGCUUCAGUCCUACUGGCAUCGUGCAGAAGAUGGACUCUGCACAAGCAAACGACAAACCAAGAUGGGGAGAUUAUCCAGAGAAGAAAAAUAUUUCCUACGUCAUGUCUAGGAUAUGGAAAGGAAGGUGGUUCGACGAUCAGGCUUCCUACCUUCCAGUCAAAGACACCCAGGAGAGAUUCUACGCCCCGUCGUACCUCCUGGAACAUCCGGAGUCCUACAGGUCGUUAUUGUACCACCCAGGGCAUCCUCUGAAUCGCAACCGUACCUGGCAGCCUCCAUAGUGGGCCGGAACUGUCCUUAAUUUAUUAUUUUAAUGGUUGAUUUAUUGUUGGUUAUGUUUUCGUUAUGCAAAAGAAUAAAGAUUUCCAUAAACUCUUCAAAA